AUAUCGGUUGCAUUGAGAUAAGCUCUGAAGAAGAAACUACGAGAGCUAGAGCUAUUGAUAUGCGUGGAAGUGUUUUCGUUCUUGAUGAACUUACCACAAAUCUUGAUGAAGGAAAUUUUGAAAAUUUGAUGGCUGGCAUCGAGGGCAGUCAAACUUUCAGUUGA